ACACACUAGAGUAUUUUUCUGAACUCUUUUAGGUCCUGUUUAGCUAUAAAUGGGAAAGCGCCCUUUCCUUUCUUGAACACAAACUGGUCUCUCUUUAUCUCUCUCAAAUUAUUUUUAGCUCUUCUUGACUUGUAAUUGGUGACUUUUGGUUAAAGCUCUCAGACCUAACGGUGUUUCCUGACCAGAAAACAGUAAGGAUGGCGAGAGAGAAGAUCAAGAUCAAGAAGAUUGACAACGUUACGGCGAGGCAGGUUACCUUUUCCAAGAGAAGACGAGGGCUUUUAAAGAAAGCUGAAGAGCUUUCUGUUCUGUGCGAUGCUGAGGUUGCGCUCAUCAUCUUCUCAGCUACCGGAAAGCUCUUUGAGUUUUGCAGCUCAAGUAUGAAGGAUAUACUUGGAAGGUAUGAUAUGCAAUCUAAUGGCAUUAAACAAAUGGAUCAGCCAUCCCUUGAACUGCAGCUAGAGAAUAAUAAUCACAUCAGAUUGAGUAAGGAAGUGGCAGAUAAGACCCACCAACUAAGGCAGACAAGAGGAGAGGAUCUUGAAGGAUUAAAUUUAGAGGAAUUGCAGCAAUUGGAGAAAAUGCUUGAAGCUGGACUUAGCCGUGUGCUUGAGACUAAGGAAGAACGGUUGCUGACUGAGAUUACUACACUUGAAAGAAAGGGAGCUCAGUUGUUAGAGGAGAACAGGCAAUUGAAGCAGAAGAUGAUGAUGUCUUCCAAGGGAAAAAGACCUGUUCUUGUGGAGUCGGACAUCCUCGUCCAGGAAGAAGGCAUGUCGUCGGAAUCUGUCACCAAUGUUUGCAGCAGCAGCGGUGGCCCCCCUUCUCUAGAAGACGACAGUUCCGAUACAUCUCUCAAAUUAGGGCUCUCUCUUCUCUAGCUGAAAUUGAGGUAAGAUGGAGAAGACUCAUGCGAGAAAUAAGCCCUUGGAGUCUGGUCAUUUCAAGAUGUCCCCGAGUUUAAUCAAAUUGUACGAGGAAACUAGAACAGAACUUGUUCCGGUCCUUCUGUAUGUCAUGUUCAUGUUUUCCCGUUUGUACGUAAAUUAAUGUGUUGUGGCUACUCCUAUUUAAUUCGUAUCUGUAAGCAUGGGAAUUCGAUCUCUAAAUUACUAUUUGAGACCCUGACCUCCAAGCUAGGUGCGUGCGUGUGUGCAUGCUAGGCUAUUCCUAAUAACUUUAGUCGGUAUCAAACGGCCUAUUAUUCCGAUCUUUGUAUAAUUAAUAACACUACGUACGACUUUCUUGUAA